AUGAGCUCCAUUUCGUCGGGACUGGAAGCCGGGUCUUCGAUCUUAAAUGAAGACGCAGAUGGCUUAGAGUUAAAUGAUGGUUUGGCUACUGAAAUUGAUGAGAGUUCUGUUCCUACGGACCAAAAGUUUGGUUCUUUUGCUAGGGAGGAUGAGGAAAUUGAAAAAAUGGAGGAGAAUGAUAUGGAAAAGGUGCAAAGUUUGUUGUCAUUGCUUCAGAGCAGUGGUACUGCCGAUGGGUCUCUAGAGAAUGAUUUUGAAAAAAUGGGUUUGGUUUUGAAUGAAGAUUUUGUGCCUAUGGUGCUUGAAACACCUUAUUUUCCAGGGGAGAAUUUAAUCGGCUUUUUCAGGUGGGUUUAG